AUGACUUAUGUGGACAAUGAUGGGGUUGUUAGGUUUCUACCUGGAUAUAGGUUUGAUCUCACUGAUGAGGUUCUUGUGGAUUUCUACCUGAAAAGGAGGGUCUUUUCUCAACCUCUUCCAAUUGAAAUUAUUCCAGAUUUUGAUGUGUUUCAGACUGAGCCUUGUAGUCUACCAGGAGGAGAUGGAAAAAUUUUUAAUGAGCGCAAGUGCUUCUUCCACAAUACUAUGAGUCGAGAUGACCUUGAAAACCUUGACAUGAGAGUUGUUGGGAGUGGCCUGUGGAGAGUUAUGGAAAAAAGGAAAGACGUUCCUAUCCCUACAAACAAUGAGGUGAUUGGGAAGAGGAACACCCUGAACUAUUGGGAAGUGCAAGGAGACUGUUUUAGGAGGACAAGAUGGAUAAUGCAUGAGUUUCGCCUUGUGUCAAUUACUAACCCAUCGAAGAAAGCAAAUUGGGCUGUGUACCGCAUCUUUCAGAUUAAGGAUGCAAAGAAUGUGAAGAAUGCAAAUAAUAGCAAAAUAUUGUAUAAUGGGGAAAGCGGUGAUAAUGGGAGUGUUGAAGACUUUGAUUUCAGUGCUGACAGUGGAAGUUUCUCAAGUCCUCCCAAAUGA